CACCGCGCCCGAUCGCGCUCCGUCAGCCUGCCUCUCAAGGCUGACAGCAAAGUUCAGGAUCUGCCGAGCUUCGCCAACAUCCGCGAGUUUACCGUAGAGGACGGGAGGGCCAUUAGCCGCGCCGGAACGACGUCGGGCCCCGCGCUGCACCAGGUGUACCGGGGAGAGCACGAAUUUCCGGGCGGGGGUAAGGCGACAAGGAGAGUGGAGGACGCGUGUCUCUGCCACUACGCGGGCUCUUGGAAAAAGACGCGCUCGCCCAUUCAAGAGGCGACGGUCCUGCGGUUGCCGAGGCUUCGUGCGGUCAAAGGGAUGCCGUGACAGUGGGACGAAACCCAUGGCUUCUACAGCGGGAGUAUGUUCGUGGGCCAGUUAGAUAUUGCAAGGAACAUCACCGUUCGAAAGCCAUUUCCCAGUCAAAAGUUCAAAGCACUCCCUUGAAUGUUACGAUCCAGCUCAAGCCCAAAGCUUCCACCCAGAAUUCCCACGCACUGAACAGGUCAUAUGAAGUACAGGACUCCUUCCCCGCUGUGGCAACAAUGUUCCAAACACGCCACAGACGCGGUGGCCUUUGUUCCACACGGAGUGGCUGAUCCUGCAGUGGAAUCGACAGAGCAGCGGGGCUGUGUAAGAAACGGAACGUUCCAACGUGUGCUAUCCAUGGCGACCCCAGCCUGUAGGAGGGAGGAGAGAGGCGCUGCCCCUGGUGACUGCUCUCUAGAUGAGAGAUGCAUUCACAUCGUGGCAUUUAAGGAGAAACAGCGGCAGCUGAGGGAUUGGCACGCCCUGCAUCACAAUCCCGUUGCAGACAAGCCAGUGCAGAAAUAUGAUCAAAAGGAUAGCAAGUUGCAAGAGCAAUGGGCUUUUCAAAAACUGAGUGGGUUCGCCGGCAAUGGUUCAUUCUCCAAUCAGGAGAAUGAAAACGGAAAACAUUCAUCACCGCACUGCCCACACCUGACCGAUCGCAGUGACGGGGCUGUCCGGUCGUGUUCGGCUGCUUCCCAGACCACGGGCGUCCUCCUCACAAGGAGCAGUUCAGUGCUGGGCCUCUUGACGCGCAGCCACCGCAGAGGACUGAGGGCGACAGCGGUCGCCAAUCUGCUCGACGUGCAGAAGAGAUCAAACCGAGUCUCCGCUGUCGUCAAGGGGUUCCUGACGCGCAGGCUCCUGCGCACGGAGAAGGUGCAGCGCCUCGUGAGCGUAAUCAAGGACACCAGACAGCUGGCACUGUCUAUUCAGGGAGACUUGAGUACAAAGUGUCUGGGACCGAGUGACUCGGCAUUCCGCACAAGACUCUUAAAACAGAUUCAAGGAGCUUUGGAUGAGAUUCACAACAUUUUCUUUGUGCUCUCACCGGGACAAAGAAUGGCCAUUCUGAAAACAGACGAAGAAGUGCGGCAAGCAAAGGGAUUACGGACAACGGAAAAAGGGAUGGUCACACAUGGAACCAAGUCUGUGUCAAGCCGACCUCUGAAACUGAAGCUACACCAUACGUAAUGGGAUUUCCCAUUUCCCAUAUGUGCCAUCGAGUUAAUUAACCUUAAAUAAUCUUAGAUCAAUUGCAUAUUUUUAUUUUCGUGAAUUUUUAGGACACUUUUUAACAUGGAAUACACCUUCCCCUUGCUCUGCACGGGUUCUUUCAGCACGAAUUCGCAGGUACUUGGUCUUUUUUUUAUGACCAAAAAUUCGCAAAGCACGCACAACCGCAUGGGGUUGAGGAGCGGGGUUCGCACACCGCGCUGUCCCACACUCUGCAUGCAAUUCACGCUCCUCUCCACGUGGAUUCUGAGCAGCUGCGUGCUGUUUUGGCUGUGGAACAGGGAGCCGUUGAGUUCGGAAAAACAACGCCACACGCUCCCGUACCCAACGAUGGACCAUGGAGGACUGCCUCACUUCUCCCCUCCUUUAUCCUGAAAAGUUUCAGUUGAUAAAAAAUUAUGCCUGAACAAGAUUUGUAGUGCAGUCUGCUCUCGUCACUGGCAUACUUUUUUUGGGCUUUUUGAACAUAUUUAAGUGAGAGAGAUCAGUGCAACAAAAUAUUUUGCCGAAACGCUUUGAAGAUGAUGGAGGAAAUGAAGCAGCCCUCUGCAGUCCAUUGUUGAGUACGGGAGGAGUACACAACUCCUGUAUAGAUUCAUGUUAUUUUACGUUGCAUAAUUAUGCGGUAUUUCAUUCCUUGUUUGAAUUUUGUACGUACAUUAGUGAGUUACAAGUGAGAGCAUGGAAUCUUGGAGGGGUCUGGAACAUAACACCUUGGCCACUACUCUGUAAAACUGGGUUCACUGCACUGCAUUGCUCUGCAUGGACUUUUGCUCGGAACGCAUCCCUCGUGCAGAGUGCGGGUUACGUGUGUUAAAAUGACACAAGCUUAUAGUUACCAUAGACACCUGCGGAAAUAAUUUUGCAUAAAGGUCAAUUGUCAGCUAUUUAUCACUAUUACUAACAACAUGUAUUGAAAAGGGCAACAUGUUUUUUUAUUAUUAUUUCGGUCUUUCGGUAAAGUCAUGUAGAUAGAACAAUAAAAUAAUAAAAAUGAA